AUGAUCACAGCAAGCAUCCUUACAGGCGCGCAGCCUGCUUCCUCUUCUUCCUUUGAUAAGAUGUUUUCAUCUAUGCCUCUUUCAACAUCUCUAUCUUCGUCAUCUUCAUGUUCCUCCUCUGACUCUGAAGUCGAAGUUACGUCACAGACAUCAUCGGCCCGAACCUCUAUUUCAGACGAACCUUUACCUGGCUCAUCCAGUCAAGAUUCACCUAUUCCAACAAACCCAUAUACCGACCUCAUUCGCCGAUGUCCUACUCCUAAAGACAUGGCCAAAGCCUACGAAACUCAUCGCAGAAAUCGGAAUGCCGAAAAGCUUCGCCAAAUGUCCCACUUGAAAACAGUCUCUCCAGACUCCAUUCUCGCCGGCCUGGUGCUGCACGAUCUCCCUCAAGAGUCUGAUCCUAGAAACAACAUUACGAUAUGGUCGCGACCGACUGUGCGUGUUAUGGACCUCAUUGCUAUAAUUCAACAGCAACUAAUAGAUACUUUACACAAAACUGCACCCUCACAUGCAUUACAGAAACAGCCGCCUGUUAAGCCAAACGACCCGGCUAACAAGGGGCCACUGUGGCUCAUGCCUAGGGAGUGCCUACACCUAUCAGUGCUAGAAGUUACCCACUCUGCACCCCCAGACGUCAUCGAUUCUCAAAUAAAGCAACUAAAACCGUACCUUAGUGAGAUUCUGACUUCUCGUGAUAAUGCACCAAUUCUCGUAAAACCCCUGGUAUGCUUCGACAGCGCAGCUUUCGCGCUAACAUUUGCUCCUCUGGAUUCCUCUCUGCAAAAGGAAUAUGGAGCUCAUUCGGAAGACUACACAUACACACACUACCGCGCUCAUCUAUACAAUGCCAUCAAUAAGGCCCAAGUAUAUUGUGCAGCUAGAUACGAAGUCCCCUCGGCACAUGUCACAAUUGCACGGUUUAUUGAAGAGGUUUCUCCAAAUGUCGUUGAUGCACUACUAGAAACUAUACAAAACAUUAACACAUGGCUGGAGGAUGUUUACAGCAACCCGGAGUCCUUUAGUUGGCAGGUGGGCUCCGAGAGAGGAACAGAGUGCCGUUGCGGCCGCAUCUGGUAUGGUGGUGGAUGGACCGAAGCUACCGGAGAGACUGUGGAAGAGCUCAAAAACGAGGACAGCUGGCAGUCCUAA